UGGCAUGCUUGUUUACAUCGUGCUGUCCUUCAUCUCUCUGCUCACUGUGACUCUCAACCUUCUGGUCAUCAUCUCCAUCUCCAACUUCAGGCAGAGCAGCUACACAACCCAACCAACCUCCUCAUCCUCUCUCUGGCUGUCUCAGACUUUCUUGUUGGGCUCCUGCUGAUGCCAGCUGAAAUCCUUCUUACAGAGGCCUGCUGGUUCUUUGGUGACCACAUGUGUGCUCUGAAUUAUGUUGUUGAUUUUAUCAUUACCUCCUCUUCAGUUGGAAAUAUGGUGCUCAUAUCGAUUGAUCGUUAUUUGGCUAUCUGUGACCCUCUACAAUACACCAACAAAGUUACUCUGGACAGAACAAAAAUAUGUGUUUGUCUGUGUUGGAUCUGCUCUGUUCUCUAUAACAGUCUGAUUUUAAAUAACUUUCUGAGACAACCUGAUGAGCAGAAUUCCUGCUAUGGAGAGUGUGUAGUUAUCCUCAACAAUAUCACAGGAACUGUUGACUUUGUCUUUACCUUUAUAAGCCCAAUUACUGUCAUCAUAUUUCUAUAUGCGAGAGUAUUUGUGGUGGCUGUGUCUCAGGCUCGCACUAUGAGGUCUCACAUUGCAACUGUCGCACUCCAGCGUUCAGUGAAAGUAACUGCUAAAAAAUCUGAGAUGAAAGCAGCCAGGACUCUUGGUGUUGUAGUAGUUGUGUUUCUAAUAUGUAUUUGUCCAUAUUACUCUCCAACCCUUGUAGGACAGGAUAUUGAAGACAGCAGUUCAUCCUCACCCUUUGUAGUCUGGCUGUUGUAUUUUAACUCCUGUCUAAACCCUGUGAUCUAUGCCCUUUUCUACCCCUGGUUCAGAAAAUCUAUUAAACUCAUUGUUACACUUCAGAUACUGCAGCCUGACUCAUGUAAUGCUGGAAUAAUGUAGAGAAAGACAGGGGAGUAACUUCAAUAAAACUUUCUGGGAAGUUGGGAAUAGUUUGAUUUGUUAGUUGAAAUUAAGGUCUAAUUUUGUGCUCACACCAAACGCGAAGCGAAUUUUUCGCGUGUUGAGAUUAGACAUAAAGUCAAUGUAAAAACGAGAAUAGACGCGAAAUUGGCGUAUUCGCACGAGUUGAAAAUAUUCAAUUUCAGCGAAAAUUUCGCGCGUAUCAUGGGG